ACAACAGAUAUAUAAACCUCCAAUGCAUAAAAUACAGAAAAAUAGAACGAAUUCAGUUUCAUGAAUCUUUUGCAAAACAUUCAGAAACAACAUGGCUGUGAUGUUUCAGCCACGGCUUCCUCUGCUCCUAUUCCUUGCGAUACUCAUUUCUGCUGUUCCUCUCUCUCAUUGCCAAUACGGUUCUCCCCAAAACAUCGAGACUUUCUAUCCAUCUGAUCAAGCUCCAUCUCCUCCACCGACGCCGGAUUCUCUCUCCCAUCCUCCAGCGAAGCCACCGCAACCGCCAUCUCUACAGCCGAGUUCAUCGCAACCGGCACCAACAAAUUCUUCAACGACCGGGAAGAUUGCCAUGGCUGUGGCUGCUACGGCGGCAGGCACUUUGUUUGUUUCCGGGUUGCUCUUCUUUUUCGUUCGAAGGGGCGUCGCUGCAAGACGGAGAAGAACGCAAGGCAGUACUGAUUCUAGUGAUGAAGGUCGGCCUCCAGUGCCACGCAAUGAGUUUGCACGGGUUGAUGGGGAUCUCAAGGGGUUCAUUGUUGAUGAAAAUGGUUUGGAUGUGCUUUAUUGGAGGAAACUUGAAGGGAAAAACUCCAGGAAGAGUAGUUUCCGUAAAGAGGUAUUUCAGAAACAGAAAAAAGAAGAACAAGAACAGGAAGAUCGGCGAAAGAAGUCUUCGCCUAUACAAGAAGUUCCUCUGCUCCGAGGGAAGUCUUCAACUUCUCAUGUUAAAGUUAUGCCAGAAGUGGAUGAUGCGAAUCGAAUUAGUCCUGCCAUUCUCAUCAAGGAUGUUGAGAAGCCAGAGCCAUUAAUUAUCCCAUCAACUCCUCCCCCUCCUCCUUCCCCACCACCAACGCCACCCCCACCACCACCCCCACGGCAGUUCUUGGCUGUUUCUACGGCAAAAAGGCCUGCACCGCCUCCCCCUCCACCAAUCCCUGGGAAGAAAACUCCCACGCCACCACCUCCGCCGCCUAAGACAGGUGGUUUGAACACGUCAUUAAAGCCGGCCCCGGCGCGGCCAAAAGGCGUGCUAGGGAACAACAAGCCAGGAGAGUCUUCAUCUGGAACCGACAAUGGUCAGGUAAAAAUGAAACCAUUGCAUUGGGACAAGGUGAACACUGACACAGAUCAUUCCAUGGUGUGGGACAAAAUUGAUGGCGGUUCUUUCAGGUUUGAUGGAGAUCUUAUGGAACACCUCUUUGGCUAUGUUGCCACCAACAGAAAAUCGCCUGAAAAAAACAAUAACUCGGUGGAUCGAAGCAGUCACAACUCUAAUCCGCCAGCACAAAUAUUUAUCCUCGAUCCUCGAAGGUCACAGAAUAUUGCAAUUGUUCUGAAAUCUCUGGCCAUCUCUCGGAAAGGAAUCGUUGAGACGCUCAUUGACGGCCACGGCCUUGACACCGAUACACUUGAAAAGCUGGCAAGAAUUGCCCCAACCAAGGAAGAACUGUCCCAAGUUUUAGAAUAUGAGGGAGACCUCACAAGACUGACUGAUGCUGAAUCCUUCCUCUACCACCUCCUGAAAGCUGUUCCAUCAGCUUUUACUCGUCUUAAUGCCAUGCUUUUCAGAUUGAAUUACGAUUUGGAGAUUCUGUACCUCAAGGAGUCAAUACAAACACUUGAAUUGGGUUGCAAUGAGCUUAAAACACGAGGGCUCUUUAUGAAGCUUUUAGAAGCAACCCUCAAGGCUGGCAAUCGCAUGAAUGCAGGAACUACCCGAGGGAAUGCCCAAGCCUUCGACCUUAAUGCCCUUCGAAAGCUCUCUGAUGUUAAAAGCACCGAUGGAAGGACUACUUUACUCCAUUUUGUCGUGGAAGAAGUAGUCCGGUCAGAGGGAAAACGGUGUGUUUUGAGCCGGAAUCGUAGCUUGAUCCGUAGCAGCAGCCGCAGCAGUAACGGCAGUUCUUAUCCUCAGAGUUCAACAACAAAUGAGGAAAGAGAGAAGGAAUAUAAAUUGCUAGGAUUGCCAAUGGUAGGAGGCCUCAGUGCUGAGUUCUCUCAUGUAAAGAAAGCAGCCACCAUAGAUUAUGACACCUUUGCUAGCACGAGCUCAGCUCUCACAGCCCGUGCAGCAGAAAUUCGAGAACUUGUUUCCCAAUGUGCCAAUGACAGAGGAGGAGGGUUUUCGAGAGAGAUGAACGGGUUUCUUGGAGCAGCUGAAGAAGAGCUAAAGGCAUUGAGAGAAGACCAAACAAGGGUAAUGGAGCUUGUAAAGAAAACAACAGAAUAUUAUCAAACAGGAGCUUCAAAGGACAAAGGAGCACCCCCACUUCAACUAUUCGUUAUAGUUAAAGAUUUUCUAAGUAUGGUUGAUCAGGUCUGCAUUGAAAUUGUGCGAAGCCUCCAGAAGAGGAAGACAGUGACAGCAACUUUGGGAUCAUCAUCACCAAAGUCACCGCCGCCAAGGAGCCCUGUCAGAUUCCCAAACUUGCCGGAAAACUUCAUGUCAGAUAAGUCAAGGAGUAGUUCUAGUGAAUUAGAUGAUUUUUGAAUUAGACCCUUAUCACAACAGGAUUUGUUCUGUAUAGGAGUAGCGGAAGGAUUUUGUUCACUGUAUAUAUUAAAUGCAAAACGCAUGAAUUGUGAAUUGAAUAGCUUGAGUAUUUUUUAA